AUGCGCCCCAUCAGCACCCUCCUCCUCACCCUCCUCACCCCGACUGCCCUCGCCCUCGCGGUGCCCUCCCCCAAGAACGCCGCCCAGCUGCGCAGCAGCCCCGGCGCCACCGUAGGCGACCACCGCCGCAGCCCCUCGGUCGAAGGAGCCGGCCAGUCGGGCGGCGAUGACGAUGACGCGAUUGCGUAUGCUUGGUAUGACGAGGAUGAGAAGGCCGCUUGA